AUGACGUUAGAGACGGGGAAGAAAAACAUCUUGAAAUUGCCAACAUCUGCUAUGAUCGAUGUUUUCAAUGAUGUGAAAAAGCGGAAUCAACGCAAUAGCGCCGCCGGCGGUUCCUUCACCGCUGCCGCCGCCGCCGCCGCCGCCGCAAUCGGCGACGACGACCGACGAGAAUCGAUAGGCGGUGGUGGCGGCGACACGAUGGCGGAUUUGCGAACGGGAGGAUGGGCGCGGCCUUUGCUGCCGGCUGCCGGCGGCGAUGAUGACGAUGCGCGCUCGACUCCUCGACGUCAAGAACUCUUCGCUGACCCCACUCAUCAAGCGGAGACGUCGCCUCGAGCGCUCAGCAAAGGCGCUCGAUCGUUCUCGGCCCGCGUUCUCAUCAACGUGCGUAUUUGA